UAAUAAAAGUCUUACAUAAUAUAAUACGAAAUGAGCUCACGUUUUAUAGCCGAGGGUGGUACGCCAAUCACACCGGAACUGGCAACGGACCUACGUCAAUUAGUCUUCGGCACUUCAUCUAUUCCCAUGCGUGCUGAGUGGACACAAACCCCUUUCACUUUCGGUGCGCCAAAAGAAGAGCUAUCUUAUGGACUACGCUCACCGCGUAAUGCUACACGUGGAUUACUUUCUGUAGUGCAGGGUUUCAUUUUGAAGUACUUGCUCUUCGGGCGACGUGGACGCAACAAUCAGGACCCUCUAAUAUGCACGCAAGAGAUGCAGACAAAUGCACUGAUAAAUGCAUUGGUCGAAAUUCUGCGCAUCAUAUCGGAUAAGGGCAAGGUGACAAUGGUACUGCCAUCGCCAGAUGAGGAGGUUUUCGUGGAGCAUAGUGUGACUUUCUUUCAUGAUUCAAUUACUGAGAAGUUAUAUAUUUUCACAUUAUCACCACAUGAUGAGCUGGAAUACUUUAUAAAACGUCAUUUGAAACUGUUCACUGAAGAGGACUCACCUGGCACAUUACUGUUUCUGUAUAGCGCUGUUCUGACACGCUCGAUGACAAAAAUUCGCAACGAUCUCGACUCGAACAGUAAGGCAGUACCACUAACAAUGACGAACAAUGAAGAAGGCUCCUUGAUGAUAGUGACUCUACUUUUAACUGGUCGCGCUACACCUUAUUUGCACAAUGGUGUUGUAAAUGUCGGCGAUGAAAACACUUAUGCCAUUCCGCAGUAUGGUAUACUAAGUCGCUGCACUAUCGGACUUUUGCUUUGGGAUAAUGAUAGUACACAACCCUCCGUGGUUACUUCACGCCAACCCGGUUCGCGACUCAAAACACCCAACUAUCCAAUUUGGAUUACCAGCUGCUGCGGCCAUUAUGGCGUGGCGUUCAAUCGAAAUCCGGAACUUUUGCGAAAUUAUCACGCUGAGUCGCGGUUCGAUUUGAAUUAUUACAGUUGCUCUGGCCACAAUGUUUUCAUGACUAUCGACAAUCGUGUGUAUAACGAACAGGCGACUGGCAUGUUGGAACGACAGGCGACUACCGAGACAAUGACAGCGGGCGGUGGACGCAGAGAUGAUGAAGCCGGUGGUGGUAGUGGUGGUGACAAUACAGACCUGCUGGUACGCGAGGAAUUGACAAUGAACACACCGUUGCAACGUUUAAUACACACCAAGUGGGAGGAGGCGCACAUACGCUUCAAUGUGCAGCCAUCCAUGCUCAGUUAUCUGUUUUGCACCACACCAUAAAGUGGGUGUGGUGUACUGCACAUGCCCAAGCAAAAGCUACAGUUCGCGCGUUGCCAGUGAGGUGGAGAAAUGUAACAGUUAUGGUUUGUCGAUUUCAUAAAUCGUUUGGAAUGCAGUGAAGUGCGUGAAACUGCAGCUUGUCUUUUCAAUGUGUUAUUUAUUUCGUUUUUUUUUUCCAAGCCGCAAAAUGUAUUUACAUAAGGCGAAAUCAACAAAUAGGUAAAAUAUCCUUCUGCGUUGAUGGCUUUCAAAUAUGCAAAUAAAUAUAUUUCUAUGGAAAA